AUGGUGACGUUUAAUUCGGCAGAAAUAUUUAUCCUCUGGCGUCAGACAUGGUCUUUUGACCGGCCGGUAGAUUCGGAGGCCCGAGACCUCGGGGCCAACGGAAUCGAAGAAUUCCGAGUCCCAGAGUCGUCUCUCAUCUCCGACGCAAGGAUCACUUCAAAAUCCGCCUCUGCCCCUUUGCCUUGGCAGUCCUUCUCUUCUCGACCACUUCCGCUGGACGACGAAAUGCGUGCAACCGAGCCGACCCUAUCGACGUCUGCAAACCUCUCCUCCCCCCCACCCGCCUUCACCCCCGAGCAGCUACUCUGCAUCCCCAGCAUGGGAGCGUCGUCGUUGUCUACCGUUCCAGCCCAGCCUCCUCUGAACCGAGCUUUCGCUAUCUCUGGUCUCCCAGUCUGCCCAUCUGCCCGUCUGUCCGCAUGUUUGUCUGUCCGUAUGCUCGUAUACCCUUUCUUGCCAAAAGGCGGCUUAAGUGCUCAAUUUAUCACGAUUUGCGAGUACACACCAACUCGAUCAGGUAUGCUUUAUGCUGACACCGGACGACCGGCUGCCUCACCAACAGCAGACGCCUUGACUUGCUGCUUGCCUUAUCGGGCCGUCGCAUCGUUGUCACGGCGUUCUCCUGUUCAGGCCGACCCGGCAACCUGCACCACCGUCUACCGCCCACUCAGACGCCCAUCGCCAGCGGUUGGUGAGGCCGGUCUAGCCCAAGUGAUACCACCACCUCGCUCAGUACCACUCCCUGGUCGGCCAACAGGCAGUAGGCGACAGUCACCAGUCUACAGCCAACAGGCCCUACAGUUUUUUUGGGUGGACGAGAGUCUGAAAUAA